AUGAUGUCCAUGAACAGCAAGCAGGCGUUCAGCAUGCACCCCAUCCUGCACGAGCCCAAGUACACCCAUCUUCACUCCAGCUCCGAGGCCAUCCGGAGGGCUUGCUUGCCUGCCCCUCAGCUGCAAAGUAACUUCUUCGCUGGCCUGGAUGAGACGUUGCUGCGCGGGGCCGAGGCCCUGGCGGCGGUGGACAUUGUCUCGCAGAAGACCCACCCCUUCAAGCCGGACGCCACUUACCACACCAUGAACAGCGUCUCGGUCUCCUGCACGCCCACCUCGUCCUCGGUGCACCUGCACCACCCGUCGGUGCUAAGCGGCCAUGCGCACCACGCACACCACGCGCAUCACCCCCACCAGCCCGCGCAGGGCCUCGACAGCGAGCUGCUGGAGCACCUCAAUUCCGCCCUGCCGCUGCCGGACGUGGGAGCCGCGCCCGCCCACGCCCACCCCCACGCCCACCUGCCGGCCCUCAACGCCAUGGGGCACCCCGCGCACGGGCAGCCUCCCAUGGGCAUGGGCCACCCCCCGCCCCACGGCCUGGCUUCGCACACCGUCUUGGCCGGCCCGGAGACGGAGACGGACCCACGGGAGCUGGAGUCCUUCGCCGAGCGCUUCAAGCAGCGGCGCAUCAAGCUGGGCGUGACGCAGGCCGACGUGGGCUCAGCGCUGGCCAACCUCAAGAUCCCCGGCGUCGGGUGCCUCAGCCAGAGCACCAUCUGCCGCUUCGAGUCGCUCACCCUCUCGCACAACAACAUGGUGGCCCUCAAGCCCAUCCUGGAAGCCUGGCUGGAGGAGGCAGAGCGGGCCCAGCGCGAGAAGAUGGCCAAGCCCGAGGUCUACUCGACGGGCGACAAGAAGCGCAAGCGGACCUCCAUCGCCGCGCCCGAGAAGCGGUCGCUCGAGGCCUAUUUCGCCGUCCAGCCCCGGCCCUCGUCGGAGAAAAUCGCCGCCAUCGCCGAGAAGCUGGACCUGAAGAAGAACGUGGUGAGGGUCUGGUUUUGCAAUCAGAGACAAAAACAGAAGCGCAUGAAAUUCUCCGCCGCUUAUUGAGGAGAGG